AUGUCUAACAUGGUGUUGAUUGUAUGCGUUUCAGAUCGUCCAAAGAAACGUGGUCAAAAACGAACCAGGAGUCCUCCUUAUUCGGAUGAUACACAAGAGGGUCUCCAUAGGACAGGAAACACUCAAACCAAUUUGCACAAAGCGAGCAAAAUUCCUGAGACAUGUACACCUAUAUUUGAAAGAAGAAGCAUGUUUAGCCCAGAAAUAUCGCUUUGGCCAAUGGGAAGUCCCGAGCCUAUACCUCCUGCAGAUGAAUUCAGAACCCUUGAAGGCAACAAAAUUAAGAGUAUCUUGUGUGUGGCUUCCCGUCUAAAGGAGAUGAUGCCCAAGCAAGUGUCUCGAGAACACAAACUUCCAGCCGAUGAUUGCGACCCGCAAGGAAAAGUCUUUCGCAGACUCAGAAAGGGAAUCAAAUUGCGGUUCUCGUUUCGUUUUAGUGAUUCCCGAGCUUCAGAUACCGAAUAG